AAAGAGGACGAGACGACAGAGUCGGAGGCGUUUUAUCACUCUAAGAACACCAAGAAGAUAAUUCUGAUGUUGAAUCGGUGAUGUGGGGUUUCCCCGCUUCCCACACCGCCCAACCGCCUACCUUCACCGCCCACUUGAGCAACUUCUCUCCUCGCAACUCUCCCAAACCUCCAAUCUCCUCCAUAACCAUAAAACCUUCCAUCUCCACAACGAAAGAUACCAACGACAAGAACAAGCUGAUUCAGUCCCUCUGUAAACAAGGCAACCUCAGACAAGCCCUUAAACUCCUCCCUCACGAGCCCAACCCCACGCAACACACCUACGAGCUCUUAAUCCUCUCUUGCAUCCGCCAUGAGUCUCUGUCAUGUGGGCUUCAAGUCCAUCGCCAUCUUGUCGAUGAUGGGUCGGGCCAAGACCCUUUCUUGGCCACUAAACUUAUCAACAUGUAUUCGGAACUGGACUCCAUAGACGAUGCACGCAAGGUGUUUGAUAAAACGCGGAAUAGAACUAUAUAUGUUUGGAAUGCGGUUUUUAGAGCGCUUGCUUUGGCGGGUCAUGGGAUGGAUGUUUUCGAGUUGUAUUGUCGGAUGAAUUGGUCGUCCGGGAUUGAGUCGGAUCGGUUUACGUAUACGUACGUGCUCAAGGCUUGUGUUGCGUCGGAGAGCUCGAUUUCUCUCCUUCGGAAGGGUAAGGAGAUUCAUGCUCAUGUUCUGCGACGUGGGUUUGAGGCGUGUGUCCAUAUUAUGACUACUUUGGUUGAUAUGUAUGCGAGGUUCGGGUGUGUUUUGAAUGCCAGUUGCGUGUUUGAUGAGAUGCCGAUGAAGAAUGUCGUGUCGUGGAGCGCUAUGAUUGCUUGUUAUGUGAAGAAUGAGAGGCCCUUUGAGGCGUUGGAGCUUUUUUGGGAAAUGACACUUGAGAACCGGGAUUCACUUCCCAAUUCAGUGACAAUGGUUAGUGUUUUGCAGGCCUGCGCAGCUAUAGUUGCUCUGGAGCAGGGAAAAUUGAUUCAUGGAUAUAUUCUUAGAAGGGGUCUUGAUUCGAUAUUGCCAGUUAUGAGUACUCUUGUGACUAUGUAUGCAAGAUGCGGAAAGCUUGAAAUUGGGCAACGGGUUUUUGAUCAAAUGGACAAGAGGGAUGUCGUGUCAUGGAAUUCCUUGAUUUCAAGUUACGGGAUUCACGGAUAUGGAAGGAAGGCAAUUCAAAUCUUCAAAGAUAUGAUCUCCAAUGGAGUAUCACCGAAUGAGAUUACAUUUAUAAGUGUUUUAGGGGCUUGCAGUCAUGCAGGUCUUGUUGUUGAGGGGAAGAUGCUAUUUGAUUCGAUGUGUAGAGAGCACGGGAUGUAUCCUAGUAUGGAGCACUAUGCUUGUCUGGUGGACCUUCUUGGACGUGCUAAUCGAUUAGACGAAGCAGCCAAAGUUGUAGAGGAUAUGAGAAUAGAACCGGGGUCUAAGGUUUGGGGCGCUCUUCUUGGCUCAUGCAAGAUUCACUGUAAUGUUGGUCUUGCAGAGAGAGCAUGUAAAAGGUUAUUUGAGUUGGAGCCUAGAAAUGCUGGGAAUUAUGUACUUCUAGCUGAUAUUUAUUCUGAAGCAAAGAUGUGGGGUGAGGUAAAAAGAGUGAAGCAGCUUUUAGAAGCCAAGAAACUACAAAAGGUCCCAGGUUGUAGCUGGAUUGAAGUUAGGAAGAAAGUCUAUUCAUUCUUGUCUGUUGACGAGUUUAACCACCAGAGCGAACAGGUCCACGCUUUGUUGGUGAAAUUGUCAACCGAGAUGAAAGAUAGGGGAUACGUGCCACAAACUGGAAUUGUGCUCUAUGAUCUCGAGGAGGAAGAGAAGGAGCGAGUUUUAUUAGGCCACAGUGAAAAAUUAGCAGUCGCAUUUGGACUAAUCAAUACCAACAAUGGUGAGGUGAUUCGGAUAUCCAAGAACUUGAGGCUUUGUGAAGACUGUCAUUCUGUUACAAAGUUCAUUUCCAAGUUCGUAAACAGAGAGAUAGUGGUUCGAGAUGUAAAUCGUUUCCACCAUUUCCGUGAUGGGGUUUGUUCAUGUGGGGAUUACUGGUAGUUAGUUGUCUGCAGAGUAUUCUUCAAACUUACAACUCUCUUCCUUUACAAUUAAGAGAGAGGACACUUCUUCAGACGUCAAAUAGAAACUCACAAUGUACAUUUAGCAAAGUUUGUUCUUUAAAUGACCCAUGUGUCCUAAGAGUUCCUGAUCAAUGAACUUGGCUCACAUGGUAGGUUGUAAUCUGUUCACUCGGCAUCCAAAUUAAUCACAACACUUUCUCUCUUUGU